AUGGCAAUAAAUAAUCUGUUUUUCGCUACUUGUCUGCCAGAUUGUAGAUCAGCAAUGGAAUCACAAGUGUUAAAUUUGCAAGAAGAACUAUGUCGUUUAUGUGCAUCAAUGUACAUUAGUGGUGUAAGUAGUGAUGACAGUAUGAACGAAGUUGUCAGCGGUACCACUACUAACGCUACUGCUAAUAACACUACGACCAAUAUAUUAGAUAAUAACACUCGUUAUGUUGGUGACAGUGAUGUACUUCGUUUUAGUAUAUACUUAACAUCAUAA